UCUCUGUUUCAUUUUCCACAGGAAUAGAUUAGCACUACAAGAACGCUGAAGCCCACAAUAGCCAUAUUCAAAACCCAGGACCAGAUGUCCUAGAACCCAUAUUCUUAAGUCAUAGUAGUCGAAGAAUAAACAAACAUCUGUGACUGACGUCUAGCCGCUUCAAGUAGGCUAAUACCUCCAUCAGAGUUCUUCAUUUUGUAGGAGCAGACCAAGAGAUAGCAGAAUCAGAAUGAAGACUGCUUUUGUUCUUAUCUUGAUCCUCUUAACCAGUUUUGUAGAUGCCUCACCAAUACUGCCGGAAAAACAAGCCAAACAGAUUUUGAGAACCCGUCGUGAAGCAAGAAAACCUGGCUUUCCUGAUGAACCAUUUAGGGAAUACAUGCUUUACCUCCAACGCUUGGAACAAAGAUCUGAAGAGCAAUUCCUUGAGCACUGGCUGAAUCCACACUGCUACCCACACUGUGACAGGAAUUUAGUGUACCCUGUGUAAAGCACUUUAUUCUUUGCUUCUCAGUUAGG